UGCAUCUGCUGAGACCUCUUACUUUGCGUUGGUGUUCUGAAGAAAAUGUUUGUCGCAAAGAGCUUCUUCAUCUUCAGUGUGUUGUUUUGUUCACUCGUGAAUUCAAAACCCGCCGAUCCAGAUGCUUCGGCACAAAUUGUUAAAUUUGAUAACGAUUUGAGGCUCGAUGGAUAUAAUUUUGAUUUCGAAACGAGCAACGGCAUCAAACGAACGGAAGCAGGGGUCCUGAAACCAGGAACUGGCAAGGAUAACGACCAAACCCUAAAUGUCGAUGGGGACUUUUCCUUCACUUUUCCCGAUGGUACGCCAUUCAGUGUCAAAUUUGUAGCAACUGAGGAUGGAUACAGACCCACAGUUGUGAUUGGACAAGGAAGAGCAGGAAAAUGAACAAGUUGACGUGUUGGGAUUUUUGCUUUCAUUGUUUCUGAUUCAAAAUUGACAGAUUGUUGGAUUCACUUUCUCCUUUCUUUACUAUCAUAUACUUUACUUUGUGAAUGCUUUCAAUAAAUGCGCCCCUCACGUGGUUAUAUUUUUCCUAGGA